CAUGCGGAUACCACGUUCAAAAGUGCAUGCAGUGCAUUCCCACCACGCAAUAAAGAAGGUCACGUGCACUUUUUUUUCAAACAAUAUCCCAGACAAGUGAGACAACAUAAAUCUUGGGUUAAAGAGUAAAGAGGGGGAAAGACAAACACAAAUGGUUAUGCGAAAAAUGAUACAAGACGGUUAAACCUAAGCAGGAUUAUUCUUAAUUGCUCUCUUUUGUAAAAUUAUAAACAAAGUAUUGAUGUUGACUUUGAUAAUGGGAUAACAAUAUUAGAUUGAGGGAGCUGUCUGAGCUGCUAAAAGCCCCAGACCAUCCCAGGUAGCGUCGGCUCGCGUGUUGUUAUUCUAUAUGUUUUCCGCGUCUAGGCAUACUAUCUAAAUAUAUAACCCAUCGCACUUCAACUUCUAUUUUCAUUUCGAUCAAUACUCUCUAACAAGUUGGAUGUCGACAAAAUAUUGAGUAUCCUCUGAAAAUGGCGGGAAAUCUAGAAGACGGCAAGACGCGAACUUUUCUCUGGUGCGUCCCGCGCUCGAUCGCCUGCGCGUUGACUAAGUCGCUCAGUGCCAUCGACGGCAUCGAAGUCUGGUACGAGCCUUACUUCUUCAGCUUCGUCGCCAAGCUCGAUUCGAAGAGACGGUUGGACAUCGAGCUUCCGACAUCGUACGAAGGAAACGAGGAGACGUUCCAGAAGGCUGCCGAUAUGUUGAAGAGUUUAUCGCACUGCACCUUCAAACCGGAUUACUUACCGUUUGCGUCCGUGAAGGGCAACCUAUCCGCUUGUACCAGCAAGCAUGUCUUGGUGAAGGACAUGGGUUUUGCAGUCAACAAAGAUGUCUUCCAGUUCUUUCCAGAAGGAUUCAAACACACUUUUAUUAUUCGUCAUCCUCUUCGCGUCUUUCAGUCCAACCGCAAGGCGAUGUUCACCCAGCUCUCUAUGGUCGGUAUCUUAGAAGGUGACGCAGCCGACGAAGAAAAAUUCGAUCUCGAGCGUGACGACCCCUACGUAGGUCCUGGACUGCUCUUCAAAGACAUCUAUGAUGUCUGGCAGCACUGCCGACAGAACCUCGGUGAUGAGCCGAUCGUGAUCGACGCUGACGAUCUCCUGGCGAAACCGGCCGAAGUUUUGACGAAGUACUGCCAAGCGGUCGGACUGCCGUAUGACGAGUCGCUCCCUAUGUUCGGCGGUUCGUCCGAUCUAGACGUCUUCAAGAUCUGGAAGUCACCUAUUAGUGAGGAAGAGCUUAGGCUGACCGUGUCGGCUUUCUCGGCUAAGGCGGUAGCAAGCACCGAAUUUUUACCAGCGAAUGAGUUGCCAUCACGUGAACAGGUCACUCCUGACGUCAUCAGAUGCACCGAUCAGAUCAUGGAGUAUUAUGAUGAGAUGUACGAAAGCAGGAUUAAGGUUUGAACUGACUUGAAUGAAAAUCUGUUUAAAAGGCACUAUAUAAUGCGAAUUACUUGGAAAAGUCCGCAAGAAUUAUCGAAAGUGCCUUACACCUACAAUUAUUAUGCAUGCAUUAUGGGUGACCAUAAGGUCGAAAUU